AUGAUCCAAAUUUUGUCAAUAUUUGGUGAAGAGGCGCCUGCUAAUAACAAUGGAAAGCGAUUAUUGGAUUUUUGCCAGAGUUCGGGAUUAAUCAUUUCCAAUACAUUUUUCAAGCACAAGAAAAUUCAUACAUAUUCGUGGGAAAAUCCUGGCCAGAAUCAGAAAUCUCUUUUGGAUUAUGUAAUUGUCGAGGAGUGCUUGCGAAAAUCAAGUAACCAUUCAAAUCGAAAACGCAAAAUGGCACAAUUUUAUUCUCAAAUCAUCAAGGAGUUCUUGUUCAUAUGGAAUUUGGAUGUUGAGCGAUUCACGAUGCUGUUAACUCUCGAACAAAAAAUUCAAAUCGUGUCAUUGGCCAGACAAUAUUCAUAUCGUCAGACUGCGGAAAUUUUCAAUUAUCUGAAUCCCAAUCGCUUGCCACCAUUAAAUUUUCGAACCGUGUAUCAGCUCUUCAAAAAAUUAAGAACAUUGGGAACUCUUCAACGAAAAAAAUGGUCACCUUCUGCUCAAUCAAUCACUGAAAAACGGCAAUUUGAGCAGCAAAUUCGGCAAUUGUUUCGCGCCAACCCACACAUGACAACACGUAGAGCCGCAGCUCUCGUUGGCAAAUCGCAAUGUACGGUGUGGUCAGCAUUGAAACGGAUGAAAUUUUGGGCUUACAAAAAGGGCAAACACCAAAAACUGGAACCUGGCGAUCCAGCUUUGCGGAAGAAGUUCUGUGAGGACUUGCUUCUAAUGUGCCAUCUUGAGCCAGGAUUCCACAAACGCAUUCUUUGGAGUGAUGAAAAGAAUUUUCCAGUAAAUGGAUCUUUCAACCGACAAAAUUUUCGGUAUUGGGCGGAAGAAAAUCCACGAUGGAUAGGGAUAGUGAACGAAGUUGCUCCAGAAAAAGUGAUUGUUUGGACUGGUAUCAUUGACAAGACGAUCAUUGGACCAUACUUUUUCGAUGGUAAUGUGAACGGUGACUCAUAUCUCGAGAUGCUGACCGAUUAUUUAUUGCCAACAUUGCAUGCAAAUGGGUUCAAUUCAGCCGACAUAUGCUAUAUGCAUGAUGGUGCUCCACCACACUUUGCUGGACUUGUGCGUCAGUGUUUAGACGACAACCUUCAAUUUUGGAUUGGCCGCGGUGAAGGAGAAAAUCGUCUUCUACCUUGGCCACCCCGAUCGCCCGAUCUUAAUAUGCUGGACUUUUUUUUGUGGGGCACAUUACAGCACCGCGUCUACCUGAUUGAAAAUGAAUCGAUUGAAGAUGUCGCAAAUACAAUUAUCAACGAAAUUAAUGAUAUUCCAGCCGAGUUUUUGAGUAAUACUCAAAACAAUUUAAUCAAACGUCUUUACGCCUGCAUCGAAGUUAACGGCAAUUUAUUUGAGCAUUUGCUGAAAUAUAUGUUUUAA